AUGUCUGAGACCGAUAGCAGUACAGAAAAUGUUGACAAAUUUUUCAAAAGUUUGCCACACAAUAACUACGCAGGAAGAGAAGUGGCUGUGCGAGUGACUGGAAUGCCAUGCCGUUGCUGCCUAAAAUGUUAUGAAAUGUUCUUCGAUCAAGAAAAUCAAGAAGUGUUAGCUACUGUCAAUAGUUUUAACGACAAAAAUACACAGGAUAUCUAUAUUCAAAGUCUGAUCGAAGUCCGCAAUGUUCAAGAUAUUAGAAAACGAGGUGAAGAACCCAAAAAGCCAAAAACCCGUACUUUUAAGUAUCACAUAAAUCUGAACGGAAAAAGAGCCACUGUUUGUAAAUAA